AUGACUUUACCUUUUAUAUUUUUGGAAAAAGACAGCGACGUAGUUAGUUGGGAAACGCAAAUAUUUAUUUAUAAAAACCGGAAAGGAAAAGGAAAAGGAAAAGGAAAAGGACAAGGACAAGGACAAGGACAAGGACAAGGACAAGGACAAGGACAAGGACAAGGACAAGGACAAGGACAAGGACAAGAAAAAGGACAAAAAAUAGGAAAAGAAAAAGGGCAAGGAAAAGGACAAGGAAAAGGACAAGAAAAAGGACAAAAAAUAGGAAAAGAAAAAGGGCAAGGAAAAGGACAAGGACAAGGACAAAAAAAAGGACAAAAAAUAGGAAAAGGAAAAGAAAAAGGACAAGGACAAGGACAAGGACAAGGACAAGGACAAGGACAAGAAAAAGGACAAAAAAUAGGAAAAGAAAAAGGGCAAGGAAAAGGACAAGGAAAAGGACAAGAAAAAGGACAAAAAAUAGGAAAAGAAAAAGGAUACAAAGAAAUGCUGAACAAUCCGAAUCCAACAAAAAUUGUCGGCCCAAAUCUUAAAAAACUUUAUCCAUGA